UAUAAGAAAAUAUGACACAAAAGCGGACAUUUGUAGCAGCGGAUUAUGCUGUGUUCGCUGUAAUGCUCGUAAUCUCGGCUGCAAUUGGUAUAUAUUAUGCAAUACGAGACCGUAAAAGCAAGCAAGGAACAAUCGGAUAUCUUCUUGCAGGAAGGAGUAUGCCGUUACUUCCAGUUGCCAUAUCGUUAGCACUGAGUUUCCAAUCGUCACUGACAAUGCUCGCUAUACCUGCUGAAGUUUAUAUGUUUGGGACGAUGAUUCUGUGGGUUGAUCUCAUAUACGUGUUUAUUGCAAUCAUAGCAGCAGAAAUAUUUCUUCCAACCUUUUACAGACUUGGGAUAUCCAGUACUUAUGAGUACCUUGAGUUGCGUUUCAACAAAGCUGCGAGAAUAUUUGGUACUUUAGCGUUCAUUGUUGCUACUAUCUUCUACAUGGGAAUAGUGAUGUAUGGACCAGCACUGGCGUUUGGGGCAGUAACGGGAUUCCAACUUUGGAUUGCAGUUAUAACAACGGGAUUGGUCUGCACGUUUUAUACCACCUUGGGCGGUCUUAGAGGCGUGAUAUGGACUGACGUAUUCCAGGGAGUUAUUAUGUUUGGUGGAUUUCUUGCGGUGUUGAUCAAAGGAAGUGUAAUGCACGGUGGAAUGGGAAACAUAUGGAGAAUAGCUGAACGCGGAGGAAGAAUAGAUUUUGUUCACUUUGAAACGGAUGUUAGAAUAAGAAAUACGGUAUGGAGCAUCCUUAUUGGAGGGACGAUUCGAUGGGCGGGAAUGUAUGCAGUCAGUCAAUCUCAAGUACAACGAUAUUUGAGCUGUAAAUCAGAAAAGCAUGCAAAAUGGUCGAUCUAUUUGAACGUAAUUGGAUUGGUGGCCUUGGUUACGAUGGGUGUGUUAUGUGGGCUUAUUCUUUUUGCACAUUAUGAAACAUGCGACCCCCUGCAAAGAAAAUGCGUACAAAAACACGACCAGCUACUGCCUUACAUGAUGCUUGAAAUUUUUGAAGACUAUCCAGGAGUUGCUGGUUUAUUUGUUUCAGCUGUGUAUGCCGGGAGUCUGAGUUCUGUCUCAUCUGGAAUUAAUGCUAUGGCAACCGUAACAUUAGAGGAUAUGAUCAAACCCGUUACAAAUCUGAACGAUUCUUCAUAUACCUGGAUAUCCAAGGGAAUUGUCAUAGUUUUUGGUCUACUGAGUAUCGGGAUGGCGUUUCUUCUUUCGACUGCCAAAGAGUUGCUUCAAGCAGCAUUCAGUUUGAUGGGCUUGAUGAUGGGACCUUUGAUUGGAAUGUUUACUCUUGGAGUUCAUUUUCCAUUUGUUAAUUCUAUAGGUAGUAUCAGCGGGCUACUGGCAGGUAUUGGAGCAGGUACCUGGUUCUACGUAGGUUCAAAAGGGAUCAAGAAAUCCAACGACCUAAUCAGAAAACUUCCAUUGAGUGUUGAAACUUGUGCAACUACUUGUGGUGGGGAAUCAUACAUCAAUGGCAACGAUUCUUGGGUGUACGGCAUGAAUUAUACCACCACAAUGGAGUUGCCUUCCACUGGAUCCGGAGACGGAGAUUCGUACAUUACAAGUACGACUCUACCUUUCACCAACUCUACCUUAGGAGCAGCAGCUGAUUUUCAAGAUGAUACGCCUUUUUACACAUUGUCUUACCAUUACAUCAGUGCAAUCGGACUUGGUUUUACAUUGGGCGUUGGAAUUCUUGUUAGCUUGCUAACGUGUGGGUGGAAAGAUCGUAACGAAGUUGAUCCCAGAUGUCUGAGACCUCCCUUUGAUCAUUGGAUGUUCCGGUGUUGCCUUCCAGAAAAAGUUAGAAAAUUUUUGAGAUUUGGAAUUGAAUGGGAGGAUAAUGUGCCAGAAAACGAGGAGGACUUGAAAAUGGAAGUAUCAAAAAGGGAUUCGAGUAAUGGAAACUCUGAAGGCAUAUUAUCAGAAGCAUAUGAACCUGAUAGGGUCCCUGUCAAUGACAAAGACGACUCCAAACUAUCUAAAUUUCAAGAAACUUCUCAUAGAAUUAUCACUCUCUUGUAUCGCAACAGCUGGGAAAAAACAUAUUGUAUAGAAUUACGUGUUACGCCUGGACAAUUACUUCUGAUAAAAACACUAAUCAGCAGGGAAAUGGCUGGAAGAGAGCCUGCAAGUCUCAAGGCUGCAGACUACGCCGUGUUUAUUAUUAUGUUGAUGGUUUCUGCCGGUAUUGGUAUUUUCUUUGCAUACAGAGAUAGGAAGUCAAAGGCUGGAGUCCAGGGAUACUUAAUGGGCGGAAGAAACAUGAGUUACAUCCCUGUAUCGAUAUCGCUUAGUUUGAGCUUCGUAUCUGCUGUAACUAUCCUUGGAAUUCCAGCAGAAAUGUAUAUAUUUGGUUCAAUGUAUUGUUGGUUAUUAUUCGGAUGCGUAAUGAUAUGUGUGCUUCCUGUGACGGAAAUCUUCAUUCCAAUUUUUUAUCGACUUGGAAUCACCAGCAGUUUUGAGUAUCUUCAACUUCGUUACAAUUAUGCCGUUCGUCUUCUUGCCACUGCGGCAUAUAUAUUUCAAAAUAUCAUGUAUAUCGGGAUUAUGAUAUUUGCCCCAGCGCUUGCUUUAAAUUCAGUGACGAGUUUAAACCUUUGGGCAUCAAUAUUCUCUAUAGGACUUGUCUGCACUUUUUACACCACAUUGGGUGGACUGAAAGCUGUUAUAUGGACUGACGUAUUCCAAGGCUUCAUCGUUCUUCUUGGAACAGCAGCAACUCUAUUUGCAAGCGCAUCAAAAGCAGGAGGUUGGGAUCGAGUUUGGAAAGUGAAUUAUGAGAGCGGGCGAAUCGAUUUUGGAAGAUUUGAUUUUGAUGUUCGAGUAAGACAUUCAUUUUGGAGUAUUUCAAUCGGCCUCGGAUUCCUAUGGAUGAGUAUAUUUGGUACAAGCCAAUCUCAAGUUCAGAGAUAUUUGUGUUGUCGAACAGAAAAAGACGCUAAAAAAGGUGUUGUAAUCAGCAUGGUCGUAUCAGGUCUUAUAUUCUUACUGACAGUAUUCACGGGAUUCGUCAUGUACGCAUAUUUUGCUGACUGCGAUCCAUUAUUAAACAAAGAAGUGUCUGCUCCUGAUCAGCUGCUACCUUACAUGGUAUUAGACGUUUUCCGCGACCAUCCCGGACUUCCUGGCCUAUUUGUUGCGAGUGUAUUUUCUGGAUGCUUGAGCACGGUGUCAUCUGGUAUAAACGCAAUGGCUUGCGUAACUGUAGAAGAUUUUAUUCGACCAUUCGUCACGUGGGAAGAGAAAACUUUGACGUGGUUAUCAAAAGGUCUGGUGUUCAUGUAUGGCUUGCUUUGUAUUGGAUUUGCAUGUUUAUCCUCAUUACUUGGAGGAGUUCUUCAAGCUUCACUUAGUGCAAUAGGAAUCGUUGGAGGACCGCUGCUGGGAAUAUUUAGUCUUGGAAUUGUAUUUCCGUGUGGAAAUUCUAUUGGUGUCACUGUAGGCAUGAUAUCAGGAAUGAUAUUGACAACUUGGAUAUAUAUUGGAAGCCAAGCAUAUCCACCUCUACCUCAAUUUACGAGACCCAAACCACGAGAUAUUUCAGGUUGUCCAGAUCCAUCGUCAAUCGUGUUUCCGAUACCGCCAGAUCCGGCUUCUCGUCCGAAUAUUGCAGAUGAUUUUUAUUCAGUUUCAUACGCAUAUUAUACAGCUAUAGGAUAUGCGACCACUAUCGGAGUUGGUUUGCUGGUCAGCUUAUGCACACGUGGAUACCAAACACGGAAAGAAGUGAACCCAAGAUUGAUUAGGCCGUUACUUGAUCAUAGAAUCUUCCGAUGGCUUCCUGAGAAGUUCAGAAGAUUCAUGUGGUGUGGCGUAGAACAUGACAAAGUCAAUGCGCAUGAAGUGAUCAAAGUUCCAGAACAGCCGCCUGAAUAUUCACUGAAAAGGCGUUGGUCUAGUCGAGAGAGAACCAGCUCUCUUCGCCUGAGUAGACGACAUUGGAGAGAAGGAAACGCACAGAGAGUAGCGAGAGACUGGAGAAUGAAACACGAAAAAAGAGUGGAAAUGAGAGAGUUGAUGAACAAUCAGGAAGAAGAAUUGAACAAUGACACAGUUCCCGCCAAGCUGGAUUUACAAAAUGAAACGAACGGUAACAGCAGAACUUCAGGGAUAAAAACAUCAUCUUUGCGACCGCAGAGAAAGUCGUCAAAGUCCAAACAGCCCGAUCGAGGGGAUUCAGUGAAAUCCGGAAUACCGAGCGUGUGGAUUUGACGUUAUUUUAAGUUUGGAAUCAUAGUACAAUGAUUUUUUACAAGAAGUUUUAACGCUGCCUUCAAAGGAAUUUCCGGUUGUUAUAAUUAAUAAAUAUGAAGUAAAACGUGAAACCGCGAUUUCUAAAGUUCUGUGGAUCACAAUACAAUACAAAUCUCAUAUUUAUAUGUAAAUAGUAAAUUCCAUGAAUGCCGUACUCUACUCUACAGCAAAAUAUUUUGAAAUGAUGUGUAAAUCAUUGCAUCGCACAUCGCAUCUCUACAGAGUUUUAAAGUUUCUGAUGUUUCGACAGUGGUUUACAAUGAUUUAUAUAUUUAUUUUUAUUAAUAUUAGGAUACUUAAAUUCUGCCUAAUAUACUGCUUAUAUCACUGAUACCAUAGAGAUAGUGGAUUAUUUAAAAUGAAUAAUAUGAAAUAAUUAGAUAUAUAUAUACUUUU